ACAUUAUUCACAAACUAACUAUAUAAAGCUCCAUUAGUGUGAGCUUUGUAUAUACAAAAAACUUCUCUUUCUUUUUAAUUAUACAAAUCAAUAUGUCUUCCUCAAGAUUAUUGUUAUUAUUGUUGGUGUCAUUUAUGUUGGUUGGACAUUCAUUAGCAAAAACAAGGCAUUUUAAAUGGGAAGUUGGGUAUAUUCAUUGGUCAACAGAUGGUGAAGAAAGUGUUGUGAUGGGAAUAAAUGGUGCAUUUCCGGGUCCAACAAUUAGGGGGCGAGCUGGGGACAUAAUUGUUGUUGAACUUACUAAUAAACUUCAUACUGAAGGUGUUGUCAUUCAUUGGCAUGGGAUUCGACAGUUUGGAACACCAUGGGCUGAUGGAACUGCAGCAAUAUCUCAGUGUGCCAUUAAUGCUGGAGAGACAUUUGUCUAUAGGUUUAAAGUUGAUAAGGCCGGGACAUAUUUCUAUCAUGGACACUAUGGUAUGCAAAGAUCAGCAGGGCUAUAUGGUUCACUCAUAGUGGAUGUUGCACAAGGUGAAAGAGAACCAUUCCAUUAUGAUGGAGAAUUCAAUUUAUUGUUAAGUGAUUGGUGGCACAAAGGUUCACAUGAACAAGAAGUUGACUUAUCUUCCAAUCCUCUUCGUUGGAUUGGUGAACCUCAGACAUUGUUGAUAAAUGGGAGAGGUCAAUACAAUUGUUCAAUGGCGGCGCAAUUUAGCAACCCACGGCUUCCACAGUGCAAGUUAAGAGGGGGUGAGCAGUACGCACCUCAGAUUCUCCGCGUGCGUCCCAACAAGACAUACAGGCUUAGGUUAGCCAGUACCACUGCAUUGGCUUCACUCAACUUGGCAAUUGGGGGUCACAAGAUGGUGGUGGUAGAGGCAGAUGGAAACUAUGUUCAACCAUUUUCAGUACAAGACAUAGACAUUUAUUCAGGUGAAAGCUAUUCAAUUCUUUUCACCACAGAUCAAGACCCUUCCAAAAACUAUUGGAUUUCAACAAGUGUAAGAGGAAGAGAACCAAAAACACCUCAAGCCCUCACUCUAUUGAACUACCUCCCAAACUCAGCAUCCAAAGUCCCAACAUUACCACCACCUAUUGCACCCCUUUGGAAUGAUUAUAACCAUAGUAAGUCAUUUUCUAACAAAAUUCUUGCCCUAAUGGGAUCACCUAAGCCACCAAUUAAAAACAAUCGUCGUAUUAUUUUACUCAAUACUCAGAAUAAAAUCGAUGGUUACACAAAAUGGGCUAUUAAUAACGUGUCAUUAGUCUUACCAACGACUCCCUACUUAGGGUCUAUUCGAUAUGGAAUAAACAAUGCUUUCGAUACUAGACCUCCACCGGAUAAUUUCCCUAUAGACUAUGAUGUUAUGAAACAAGCACCAAAUUCUAAUGCUACAUAUGGUAAUGGUGUGUAUAUGCUAAAGAUGAAUAAUACAAUUGACAUUAUACUACAAAAUGCCAAUGCCUUAGGUAAAGGUGCAAGUGAAAUUCAUCCAUGGCAUUUACAUGGACAUGAUUUUUGGGUUUUGGGAUAUGGUGAAGGGAAGUUUAGUGAAAAACAUGUGAAGAAGUUCAAUUUAAAGAAUCCACCAUUGAGAAAUACUGUUGUGAUUUAUCCCUAUGGAUGGACAGCACUAAGAUUUGUGACUGAUAAUCCUGGAGUUUGGGCUUUUCAUUGUCACAUUGAGCCUCAUUUGCAUAUGGGAAUGGGAGUAAUAUUGGCUGAGGGUGUUCAUCUUGUCAAGAAUAUACCUAGAGAAGCUUUGGCUUGUGGUUUGACAGGGAAAAUGCUUAUGACUAACAAGCAUAAUUAAAUAUUGUUGAAUUGAAAAUUGGUUCUUGAUGAACUUAAGAUAAGAGGGGUUUUUCUUUCUUUUCUUAUUUAGUUUCAUAUAUAUAAUGAUUUUUGUAAUUUAUUUUGAGUGUGACUUGGAGGUGAGGUAAUAUUAAAAUGUAUGUUAUUAAGAGGUCAAGGGCCUAAAUGUUGUUGGGAAUGUAUUAACUUGUGUAUGAUUGACUAUUGUUCUAAGUUCCCUUUUGAUAUCAAGGUUAUGUAUUUGUAGUAUACUUUA